AACAAAAUCAAUUUCCAACUGAGAAGGAAUCGAGCUCCUUUCCCGAUUUGGUAAUAUGGAUCCUCCGCCUUCAUCGCCGCCUGCACGUAUGCUUCACGUUCACCUUCUCUACACCACGCUGACUGAACCAGUGGACUGCGUUCGCUGCUUAGAAUAAUGGGCUCUGACUGGGAGCUGGAAAAUUCAGAUGCGAUAACCGUCAGCUCCGACGAUGAUGACCUCGAGGUCUCACGCCUGUCGAGGCCAUACAAGGCUGCCCUUAGUCGUACAGCAUCCAAUUCGGAAGUGACACCACGUCCCACACCUAGAUCCCGAUCCCCCGUCAAAGAACAGUCUUCGCCUCUCGACAAAACUACCUCUGUGGUAGACCUGGUCGCGCAAACCGACAGCGAUGAUACGUCCUUCAAUGAUGGUGAAGUGGCUUAUCAGGCAUUUAAAAACCGAAAAUCCCUAAAGCGGAAACGGUCCUCCCUGAGUGCGCGCAAGGCCAAAACGCCUAAAAUGGCAGACCCCGGGUCCUUUGUAGGCAGACGUCCAAGGCAAAGUAGGAGGCAUACACCAAGGCGGCCGCUGAGGGAGUAUGGUGAAGAAGUGUCAUCCGAGGAUGAUUUAAUGGAAUACACGCUUCCGGACUAUCUGCAGAAGCGACGCCAGCAGUUUGAUCGUAGAGAAGAACAUCUCAAGGAGUCCGGGCUGAAAUUACCACCGGGUUAUGACGAUAUUGAAUUCUCCGAUGACGAGCGCUUAGAGUUUUUGCAAGAGAAACCUGCUUUUACGAAUAUAAGUCCGUGCAACGUGUAUAAAGACAUCACACUUCCUUACUCUCUGGGAUUGAUACCUGCCCCUAUCGCGCAGUGGCUGCGACAAUAUCAGGUCGAUGGAACUGCUUUCUUGCAUGAACUUUUUAUCUAUCAAAAGGGCGGGAUUCUCGGUGAUGAUAUGGGCUUGGGUAAGACCGUGCAAGUGAUUGCCUUUCUCACCGCAGCGUAUGGUAAAACAGGCGACGAAAGAGACGCUAAACGAAUGAGAAAGAUGAGGAGAAGUGGGAAGGACCGGUGGUACCCACGAACGCUGAUAGUAUGUCCGGGUACUCUGAUCAAGAACUGGAUGUCAGAACUUACCCGUUGGGGCUGGUGGCAUGUUGACACAUACCAUGGAGACAACAAGGAACUUGCUCUUCAGGCAGCGAGAUCUGGACGAGUCGAGAUCCUUAUCACCACUUACGGCACCUAUCUUCAGAAUAAGGAUGCCGUGAACAUGGUAGAUUGGGAUUGUGUGAUAGCAGAUGAAUGCCAUGUCAUCAAGGAACGGACUUCCGAGACCACUAAAGCUAUGAACGAAGUUAACGCUCUCUGUCGGAUUGGACUGACAGGGACUGCUAUUCAGAAUAAAUAUGAAGAACUCUGGACACUGUUGAACUGGACAAACCCGGGGAAACUGGGCCCAGUGACUACUUGGAAGAGGACUAUAUCCGAGCCUUUGAAGAUAGGGCAGUCGCAUGAUGCCACGCUGCAUCAACUGAGCAAAGCUCGCAGGACUGCUAAGAAGUUGGUCGAAAACCUUCUUCCUCAAUUCUUCCUCCGGCGAAUGAAGACCCUGAUAGCGGAUCAGCUUCCUAAGAAGAUUGAUCGUGUCGUCUUUUGUCCGUUGACAGAAACGCAGUCAGAAGCCUACGAGAAUUUGUUAGAUAGUGAUAUCAUCCGCUACAUAAAGGAAUCAUCUGAUAUGUGUACCUGCGGCUCAAAGAAGAAGGCUGGCUGGUGUUGUCAGCAAUACUUACAGUCUGGAGCCCGAUGGCAGAACUAUGUGUUUCCUGCAAUGGCCGUUAUACAAAAGCUUAGCAACCAUCUUGCGAUCUUAAUACCGCAAGGGGUAGAUUCUAGGGAGAAACAGGACAAGGAUAGAGACUGGCUGGAAAUUGGCCUUCCUAAUAAGUGGGAACAGCUUUACCGGACGAGAGACUCCAUCGUCAACUACGCCAAUCCUGAGUUCUGUGGUAAAUGGAAGGUCCUUCGACGACUGCUGAAGUGGUGGCAUUCUAAUGGUGACAAGGUUCUGGUUUUCUCUCAUAGCGUUCGACUAUUGAGGAUGUUACAAAUGCUUUUUUACCACACGAGUUACAAUGUCAGCUAUCUGGACGGAUCAAUGAGCUAUGAGGAGCGGGCAACAGCCGUUGAUGAGUUCAACUCAGACCCCCGACAAUUUGUCUUUCUGAUUUCUACACGCGCUGGUGGCGUAGGUCUUAACAUCACAUCUGCGAACAAAGUAGUCAUCGUCGACCCCAAUUGGAACCCAUCCUAUGAUCUCCAAGCCCAGGACAGAGCAUACCGGAUCGGCCAAGUCCGAGACGUCGAAGUAUUCCGACUCAUCUCCGCCGGAACUAUCGAAGAGAUCGUCUACGCGCGCCAGAUCUACAAACAGCAACAAGCAAACAUCGGCUACAACGCAAGUUCAGAACGAAGAUACUUCAAAGGCGUACAAGAAAAGAAAGACCAAAAGGGCGAAAUAUUCGGGCUAAGUAAUCUCUUCGAAUUCCAGAACAAGAACAUCGUCCUCCAAGACAUCAUCAAUAAAACCAACGUCGCCGAAAGUCGCGCUGGCGUCCAGGUAAUGGACAUCGAGGUCGAUGAAUCUCAGGCCCACGAAGAUUGGCCGGAGAUCAAAAGCAAAAACACCGACGAUGAAGUCAUGAGCCAACUCGCCGCCAUGAUCCGCGGUGAUACCGAAGACGUCAAAGGUGCCCACCAACAAAACCCCCUCCCUAAACGCCACGAUCCGAUCCAGGCGAUCCUUGCCGGCGCAGGCGUCGAAUACACCCAUCUCAACAACGAAGUCAUCGGCUCCUCCAAAGUCGAAGAGCGUCUCAGUCGACGCGCGGAACUAGCUAGCCAAAACUCGAACAAUGAUGUCCAGGUCUUCGAGGACUCUCAAACCGGAUCAAAUACCGGGUCUACUACCAUCUUCCAGAAAGAUGGUCAACUGAUCCGGUUUAAAUAUCACCCUCCCCCCGACGUGAUGAAGAGACAGUUUUGUAGCAUGGCCAAGCGGUUCGGGUUCCCUAAUGCUACAGAGUUUGCUCUCGUCGUGGAAAGCAUGACGCAGGCUCAGAGACGGGCGUGUCUAGAGCGUUGGUAUAGGGAACGCAGGCAGAUUUUAUUGGAGAAGGAAUAAUGCUCUUUGCAUAUGUUCAGUUGCUUUUUUGGCGUUGGAGUCUGUUUUUGUUCUUGAGAUACCCAUGAUCAUCAAUGAUCUGAUAUUGUAUAUUGAAUUGAGAUACUGUACUCGGUCACUGAGUUGACAAUCAGUACUUGAAUAUGAGACAGAUGG